UGGGAUCGAUGACCGGGCACUCGUAUGUGCGGCGCGACGCGAAUCAGCUGACCGCGUCUUGCAGGCGAAUUCACAUGGGUGGGUGCCUGCUUCGAAGCGAUCGUGCACAAUGCGGGGUAUAAGAUCCCCGCAUUCUUCUAGCCUCAGACCAUCGACGCACUCUAGGGCAUGUCCUCCCGAGCACGCUAUGCCGAUCUAGCCACCGCAGCCCGUGCUCUCACUUACCCUCCGCAUAGUAAAGCGUCGCGAGUCGCGGCCAACGUACGCAUCGCGCGCAGGAUGUCGACGGUGAAUACGCGACAGCGCCCCAGCAACUGGAAGGCUCUUGCCCCGGCACCACUCCCUGGUACUACGUUUGCGGCACAAGCCAAGCUUCCGCAACUGCCAGUGCCUCCGCUGAAGGACACUCUCGAUACCCUGAAGGAGACCCUGCGACCCAUCGCAUGGGACGAUGCAGAGUACGCGACCGCCAUUGGCAAGGUGGACGAAUUUGCCAAGGGCCCCGCGGAAGAGCUGCAGAGGCGUCUGGCUGAGCGGCAGGCGAAAGCAGAGCACUGGCUGGAGGAAUGGUGGGACGAUGGCGGGUAUCUAACUUAUCGGGAUUCAGUCUGCAUCAAUGUAUCUUACUACUAUGGUUUCGACGCGCAUCCGGCGCACCUUCCGCAGACAGCGCUGCAUCGCGCAGCGUCGAUCGUCCGGGCAGCGAUGCUCUUCAGACAGCGAUACAAACUUGGCACGCUGCCACCAGAGGCUACCAAGGAAGGGCCCAUCUGUGUAGAUACAUAUCGAUGGAUGUUCGACUGCUGCCGUGUGCCCGGGAAACCGGCUGACUGGAGUGUCACACAUGCGCGUGAAGGUGACAACGGAGACUCGGGGCACGUCGUAGUACUUCGUCGUGGUCGCGUAUGGAAACUCGAUCCAUGGCAGAAUGGUCGGCUUCUAAGUGUCGAUGAGCUGCAGAGCCAGAUACAGCACAUAUAUGAGAACACUCAUGAAGAACAUCCUGCGAUAGGUCUCCUCACGGCGUCCAACCGGGAUGUUUGGACGAAGGACUACGACACACUCGCAGCGGACCCUCACAACGAAGCAAUCCUACGCACGAUCCACUCCGCCGCCUUCGUCCUCUGCCUCGAUAAAGAGCACGCGCCCGACUUGGUCGCGCAUAGCCGACUGCUCUGGCACGGCGCGCUCCCGCCCACGCCAGAGCCCUCCCAGAUGGGCCUACGCAACCGGUGGAUGGACAAGCCGUGCCAGUUCGUCGUCACGGACGACGGCGUCGCAGGCUUCGUCGGGGAGCACUCCGUCAUGGAUGGCACGCCCACCGUCUACCUCUGCGACGUCGUCCUCGACACCAUCGCCUCACCCGAUUUUGCCGCCUCCUCCCCAUCAACGACUCCAUCGUCCCCGCCGCCGCCAACCCCCCUAGAUUGGCACGUCUCCGCAGAGACAGACGCGGCGGUCGUUGAGGCCGCCCGCGCGGCACACGCGCUCGCGUCGAGCCAAGCACUCAACAUCGUGCGCACGCCGUACGGCAAGGCCGCGAUCAAGGCGUUCCGAGUGUCGCCCGACUCGUGGGCGCAGCUGCUCAUCCAGCUCGCGUACGCACGGCUCCUCCGCGCGCGGGGCGAGCGCCGCGAGGGCGGGACGUACGAGGCGGCGUCGACGAGGCGAUUCUUCAAGGGCCGGACGGAGGCGAUCCGUGUGGUGAGCGCGGACGCGGACGCGUGGGUCAAGAGUAUGGAUGACCCGGCGGUGGGCACUGAGGAGAGGGGGACGCUGUUCAAGAGGGCGGUAGAGACGCAUGUGGCGAGGGCGAAGCGGGCGGGCAAUGGGCUUGGAAUCGACAGGCAUCUGCUCGGCCUGCGCAAGUCCGUGAGGGAGGGCGAGCAUAUGCCCGAGCUGUUCUCGGACCCGGUCGUGCAGCGGUCGAGCACCUGGGUGCUCAGCACGUCCGCGGUGUUCUCCAAGCACUUCGGGCCGUACGGCUGGGGCGAGGUCGUCCCGAAUGGGUUCGGCGUGCCGUACAUGACCGGCUUCGAUGAUUACCUGCAGUACACCAUAACUUCGCUGACGGACAUGCCGAACGCAGAGUUCUGCGCUGAGAUCGAGCGCGCGGCGAAGAACGUGUAUGAUCUCCACGCCGCACUCGCUGGCUCUUCGCAACUCAAGGCUAGGUUUUGAGAGGACCGCUGUCAUCUCUAUCUCGAUAUCAAGACAUUCGUCGAUUAACUAGCCGGGGCAUGAUUUCAAUGUAUUGCAGGUGGUGUUUGGUAUCAUACAUUGUCUCUGGCGAUGUCAGACUCGAUAUAUGCUUCAACGAGAUUCGUUUGUCAGAUCUGGGAUAUGUACCAGCUUAAGCCCCGUUCAGUAGUCCGUCGUCUCCGUUCCGUUAUGAGUCGUACGUUAUGUCGGACCUCCGAGUCUGGGUACUAAUGAUAUGAACCGUUUGAACCUUUCGUGCC